AUGGAUCCAGACAUGCCUGUCGCCAGCGACCCUCAGCCGUCCAUCUUCCGAUGGAUCCUUGGAUUCCUGAUGGUUGGUGCAUGUUGGGGGCUCACCACACCAUUCAUGCGCAAAGCUGCCAUAAAUUACACCCCGCCGACACACCCUUCUUUGACCGAUCCUAAGAACUCGGCAUUGAAGAGGAGGGCUCUGGGAAUCUGGUAUGCUGUGAAGGGUGUGCUGAGUAGGCCAGCGUAUGCCAUUCCGUUGCUGCUCAAUGUCACUGGCAGUGUAUGGUUCUUCAUUUUGAUUGGCAAGGCUGAGCUAAGUCUUACGGUACCAAUCACAAACUCACUGGCCUUUAUGUUCACGGUGUUGGGUGAAUGGUGGGCAGAGAAAAAGGUCAUUAGCAGAGAUACAUGGAUCGGCAUGGGCCUGGCACUUGGCGGUAUUGCGCUAUGUGUGCAGAGCAAGACAUAGUUAUCAUAGUAUCAUCGAUACCUUCAUUCCUACGCACCGA